AACGGUGCGUUUUAAUUUGCUGAUGACGAUGCCCGAAAACGGGUAAUUUAGGGAUAUACGCGCGGAGCUCACAAUUCUGGCGAAGCUGGGAAGAGAAGCAAUGGCGACCGAACUGGAAGAGCUACUGGGCUUUCUUUCUUCUCCCUCUCCACCAGUGAAGAAGGCUGCUGUCGAUAUUGUUCAGGGACUAACAGGAUCUGAUGAUGGCUUGCAGUCCCUCUCCAAUUAUGCAAAGAUUGUGCUGCCCUCAUUAUCUCGAAUUUUAAGUGAAAAGAAGGAUGUAUCAGAACCGGCAGUGGAAGCAUUAAUAAAUCUUUCGCAAAAAUCAGAUCUAGCUGCAGCAAUGAUAGAGAUCGGAAUGGUCAAAACGGCCAUGGAUCUGUUGUUUAAGCCAGAUUCUAGCAUAACCAGAUUUUUGGUUAUGCUUCUUGUUAAUCUCACGCAAUUGGAUGCUGGUAUCUCUGCUAUUCUUCAGACUGAGGACGAGAAGAUGCGAGGACUAUAUAUUAUGAAGCUUGUGAGAUCAUUCUGUAGAUCUUCCGAUGAUACUAGUGAUGAUCCAUUUGAUCACGUUGGAUCUAUUCUCGUCAACAUCUCAAAGCAAGAAGCAGGAAGAGCGAUGUUUCUAGAUCCAAAACAGGGACUGCUUAAACAGAUUCUACGACAGUUUGAUUCAGCAAGUUCGCUGCGAAGGAAAGGGGUUUCUGGAACUAUCCGCAACUGCUGUUUUGAAGCGGAAAAUCAGCUGCAAAACUUGCUUUUGACAUCUGAGUUUCUUUGGCCAGCUCUACUUCUACCUGUGGCCGGCAACAAGGUUUAUGGCGAACAGGACACAUCGAAAAUGCCACUUGAGCUUGGAAGUGCACUUUCUAUUGAGCGUGAGCCAAUUGACGAUCCUGAGAUUCGUGUUCAAGCACUGGAGGCUGUGUACUUGAUCUUAUUACAGGAGGGGGGUCGAAGAGCCUUUUGGUCUAUCAAUGGACCUCGAAUAUUACAAGUGGGUUAUGAAGAUGAAGAAGAUCCUAAAGUAAUGGAAGCAUACGAGCGAGUUGGCUCCUUGCUGAUUCAGGCAAGUGGAACGGAGGAAUCAUCUGACAAGAAGUUGAAUUAGAGUUUUGUUUUCCCCCCUAUACCGGUUCAUGUUGGCAAUUUGUUUAGACGAACUCAAUGUUUGGUUGUGAAUAUCAUGUGAAGUCAAGCUAUUUAAAGCAUGGGCAGCAUGGCUUUGGAUGGGGGUACCUGUAUGCAUCAUUGGUAGUUUAUAAGCUUCCCGUAGGAUGGUCCCUUUGGAAUUCUGGAUUUUUGGCUCAAAAUGACAAUUGUGUAAGGCACUGGGAUGCUACAGUAGUUACAUAUAUAAACGAUAAAGGGAUGAUGAACUCAUCAAUGCCUGGUGGUGUGAGUUGCUAUUGUCAUUUGGCUUUGAGAACCUUUUACCUCCUGUAAAUUGUAAGGAGCAUUGCUAGACCAGCACUUGCUGCUCCUUCGCUUGUAAUUAAAGGUUGCUUCACUUGAAUCUUGAAAAGGAUUGACUAA